GCUUUACUCAUCCUCGCGUUUUCCUUUCUCCCCUGAUGCCCCUUUCUCUCUUCCGUGAUUUCUCCAGCGACGACAGACAACGACGAGUGUCGGCGGCUGCGAGCGACGGUAAAGACAUCUCAGAUCGUGCUCAACUCAUUGGAGGGGUUCUCUGGCGUUUUCCCCCCUUCCAUGGCUACCGUGUUGCUCUCGCCAACACGGGUUGCAAGGGCUAGGGUUCCACAGCAAGCGGCGACAGGUCGAGCUUUGAUCUUCAUCCCAUCGAAGUUGGUUCUUCAAUGUGUUCUUCACCUCUAGGCGUUUAUCCGACUUCUCUGUCUUUCUGGGGUUCGGACGGGCAGAGGAAGAAGAAGGCGAUAGCGAGGUUCAUCUCCCUUUUCAUGUUGACAAUUGCAAAUUUUGCUCCUCAUCGAAUUGUCAUAACAUCAAAGAAGAGGCCAAGUAAGUUGACCAUUCACGGAAGUGAUGAGGAGGACUAUGCAUUUUUACUAAAGGGACAUGAAGAUUUGCGGCAGGAUGAAUUUGUCAUGCAGGUAAAUAGGUUUGCAAGGUUUUUCUUCCUGGUUCACAAUUCAUAAAACCUACUUAUGAGUAAAAGAAAUUAAAAAAAAAAAUGAGAUUGGCAUACCUACAAAGGUCGAAUUUGAAAAAACUGAGUAUAACACUCAAUCUGAGAUGUCAGAGGUUUAGGCUUAAUUAUUGAUAUUUUCUAGCAAUAUCGGUUCAUUAAUUAGAAUCAUCAUUAUGUUUUCCUUGUUGUGUUCUAAUUCUUUGUAGUUAUUUAGUUUGGUGAACACACUUCUAAUUACAUAACCUUUGACAUAAAACAGAACACAACCAAUAAACUUAAACAAGUACGUUUGUUUUGGCUGCAUAAGCCAUACUCCAGGAAAAACAGGAGAGAACAAUGUGAUUGCUACUUGUCCCACUGUCACUUGGUAGUUUUUUGAUAUAAAUGUAUUUGAUUAUGAUGGUCCAUUAGUGAGUAGCUGUUUCAUGACGAUCUUAUUUUAUUGGUUGGUAGGUCAUUAGGUUAGUCAUCUUUCGUUUGAUUUGUUUUCUCUAAGAUAUUUGUUUCUUCGUUCUGUAUAUGUUCUCAUGUAGUUUAUUUGAAUAAUUCUUUUGAUUGGUGUUAAAGGUGUAGUGUUAAACUUGUGAUUUGAUAUGGAGAUUGAGCGGUGUGUUCUUCACCUCCAGGCGGUGUAUAUGUUCUCAUGUACUGCUUUGAUGUUAUGACAAUUCGAUGCGGUUAGAUUGGAUCAAAAAUCCAGACUACGAACAAAAUGGAUUUGCAUCAUUGCUAGAGUUAGUUUUGUGUGAUAGAACUUUGACUGAGUCUGUAUCUCAACAUUAUGAAUCUAUAAACAACUACAUAGAACAGAUACUAGUUAUCCCAGUCAGACCUUGCCAUGUGGACUACAACAAUAAUCUUACAUGUCAUCUGCAAGAUAUUUUGAAUAAUGAAUGGAGGUAUUCUGAAACUCCAGUUAAACAGCUCGGAUAUGGAUGAUUAUAGGAGCAGCAACUACAUAUUAUGUGGCACUGCAUCCAAACAUCAAGGGUGUGGCUGGAAAGUACUUCGACGAAGAACUAUUAAGAAGACUUUGGGAUUUAAACGAGAAGAUGGUUAAAGCCAAUGAGUAAAGAACAUUCAAGUCAAGAGGAUAAGUAGCAUCUAUCAAGAUUCUUUAAGUUCAUGCAAUAAGAUGUAGUCAUAGAGGUAGUUUUGAGUAUUUCCUAAUUAAAAUUUCUUUGUAUGAAAGUAAUUAUGUUUGUUAUAGAAGUGUAAGGAUGAUAAUUUCUAUAUUGAUCUUAGUUGUUUAUUUAA